AUGGUGUUCUGCUCUGAUGCUGCCGGUCGUAUGAAGGAGUCGCGGGAUGGUGAGCCUUGGACUUAUCCGCACAAAUCUACAGUAAUAGCUCCAAAACAGCCCCUCUUCGACUUCCGGUACCUUCCUUCUACUCCCCUCUCCAAACGAAAUGAAAGACUCAGUGAGCUUGUUGCUGUCGCGUGGAUCAUACACAUCCCUUGUCAACUAGACGUUGUAAUAAAAGUUUCCACAAAAAGAUGCCAACUCUCCCUCCCUUGCACCUAUUUCCGCCAUGACGACCCAGUGUUCGCAAAUGACAUGUACACUUUAGAGGGUCCUCGGAUGACAUUUUCUUCAUCCAGAACGGGUCGAUCUACAGCUAAGCCUUGCUAUACUAACCGACAGACAGACACUUUAGAUAUGCCUAAAAAUUUGGAUAUCUGCAAAUCUCAGGUUCCGUAUCAAAGCUUGAUAGCAAAUGACACAAGCUCUCCUCCGCAAGCUCUAACAUCUUUCCAUUCUUCCAAUUUACAUUUCGCCUCUUCCUAA